UCCGGCUCGGGGAAGGGACAGUGACUGCCUCUCCGUCUCUGCCAGGACCUGCUCCCGGGAGGGGGCGGGGCCAACAUGGCGCCGAGCGCCGGGUGAGCGGCGCUUUGGCGGCGGGUCUCCAUCUCUCCACCCUGGGGUGUCACUCUUUGGGGGAGGGAAGGCGGGGCUCCAGAAUGGCCGAGGAGAAGAAGCUGAAACUCAGCAACACGGUGCUGCCCUCAGAGUCGAUGAAGGUGGUGGCCGAGUCCAUGGGGAUCGCCCAGAUUCAGGAGGAGACCUGCCAGCUGCUGACCGAUGAGGUCAGCUACCGCAUCAAGGAGAUUGCCCAGGAUGCCUUGAAGUUCAUGCACAUGGGGAAGCGGCAGAAACUCACCACCAGUGACAUUGACUACGCGCUGAAGCUAAAGAAUGUCGAGCCACUCUACGGCUUCCACGCUCAGGAGUUCAUUCCUUUCCGUUUCGCCUCUGGCGGGGGCCGGGAGCUUUACUUCUACGAGGAGAAGGAGGUUGAUCUGAGCGACAUCAUCAAUACCCCUCUGCCCCGGGUGCCCCUGGACGUCUGCCUCAAAGCUCAUUGGCUGAGUAUUGAAGGCUGCCAGCCGGCCAUUCCAGAAAAUCCACCCCCAGCUCCCAAAGAACAGCAGAAGGCUGAGGCCACGGAACCCCUAAAGUCAGCAAAGCCAGGCCAGGAAGAAGAUGGGCCCUUGAAAGGCAAAGGUCAAGGGGCUGCUCCAGCCGACGGCAAAGGGAAGGAGAAGAAGGCACCACCCCUGCUGGAGGGCGCCCCUCUGCGGCUGAAGCCUCGCAGUAUCCACGAGCUGUCGGUGGAGCAGCAGCUGUACUACAAGGAGAUCACCGAGGCCUGCGUGGGCUCCUGUGAGGCCAAGAGAGCGGAGGCUCUGCAGAGCAUUGCGACGGACCCGGGGCUCUAUCAGAUGCUGCCACGAUUCAGCACCUUCAUCUCGGAGGGGGUCCGUGUGAACGUGGUGCAGAACAACCUGGCCCUGCUCAUCUACCUGAUGCGCAUGGUGAAGGCGCUGAUGGACAACCCCACGCUGUACCUGGAGAAAUACGUGCACGAGUUGAUUCCGGCUGUGAUGACAUGCAUUGUGAGCAGACAGCUGUGCCUACGGCCAGAUGUGGACAAUCACUGGGCCCUCCGGGACUUUGCUGCCCGCCUCGUGGCCCAGAUCUGCAAGCAUUUCAGCACGACCACUAACAACAUCCAGUCCCGGAUCACCAAGACCUUCACCAAGAGCUGGGUGGACGAGAAGACUCCGUGGACCACGCGUUACGGCUCCAUCGCUGGCCUGGCAGAGCUGGGACACGAUGUGAUUAAGACUCUGAUUCUGCCACGGCUGCAGCAGGAGGGGGAGCGGAUCCGCAGUGUCCUGGACGGCCCUGUGCUGAGCAACAUUGACCGCAUCGGAGCUGACCACGUGCAGAGCCUCCUCCUGAAACACUGUGCCCCUGUGCUGGCAAAGCUGCGCCUGCCACCUGACAAUCAGGAUGCUUAUCGGGCAGAAUUUGGGUCCCUCGGACCCCUCCUCUGCUCCCAUGUUGUCAAGGCCCGGGCCCAGGCCGCCCUGCAGGCUCAGCAGGUCAACAGGACCACUCUGACCAUCACUCAGCCCCGGCCCACGCUGACCCUCUCACAGGCCCCUCAGCCUGGCCCUCGCACCCCUGGCUUGCUGAAGGUCCCAGGCUCCAUCGCACUGCCGGUGCAGACGUUGGUGUCCGCGCGAGCUACUGCCCCGCCUCAGCCGUCCCCUCCUCCGACCAAGUUUAUUGUAAUGUCGUCCUCCUCCAGCGCCUCCUCCACCCAACAGGUCCUGUCCCUCAGCACUUCAGCCCCUGGCUCAGGCUCCACCACUACCUCUCCGGUCACCACCACAGUCCCCAGCGUGCAGCCCAUCGUCAAGCUGGUCUCCACUGCCACCACCGCACCCCCCAGCACUGCUCCGUCCGGGCCCGGCAGCGUCCAGAAGUACAUCGUGGUCUCUCUCCCCACUACAGGGGAGGGCAAAGGAGGCCCUGCCUCCCACCCUUCUCCAGCUCCUCCCCCAUCCUCAGCCCCCUCCCCGCUUGGGGGCAGUGCCCUGUGUGGGGGGAAACAGGAAGCUGGGGAUAGCCCCCCUCCGGCUCCAGGGACUCCGAAAGCUAACGGCUCCCAGCCCCCUGGGUCUGGCUCCCCUCAGCCUGCGCCUUAA